AUGGACUUCCCCGCCGUCCCCGCCCCGCUGGAUCCCCGAGAACAGCCUAUUCUCGAACGCCUCCUGCGCACCCGCGAUGCGCUCCUCCUGCUCAAACAGGACAAGUCGUCCUACAUCAAAUCCCGCGACGUCCUCCCGCUGUACGAGGAGGUGGUGGCCGAAGUGGAGAAACUCAAUGCCGUGCGCAAGGGAAAGGACCGCCGCAUGGCACACAACCGACUGGACUAUGUGCUGGACGAUUGCUUCCAGUUGAUUUCGCUCUUGUUCUUGACGGUGGGCCGCAACAAUGAAGCCCCCGCAGUAUAUUCCCUCGCCACGACAGUCCAGCGCCUACUCGACCACCUGGAAGAGGCCGGCUUCUACAGCUCCAAAGACUUGAUUUCAAUCACCAAGACCCUUGCGCACAUGAACGAGACCCUCGAUCGCUGCCGCGAAGCCUACUCGCCGGCCCUCAUCACGCUCCUCGAGAGCCGCCUGGAGAAGUGCCGUCUGCUAUUGGAGAGGUUGCAGGGUGGUCUGGCCAAGCUGAGUCCGGAACUGGCGUCGACACAUGAGACGCUGGUCUCCAUCCUGCGGUCCACGGCCGCCGUCAACACACGCUCGAAGUUCUCGUCAUCGGAGGUGAACAACUUUCGCAACCAGCUCAAGACGAUACAGGAAAAGACGAAGGAUGGGGUCUUUGUGGACGCGGAUGGCUUGCCGCUGCCCGGGGAACAGGUUGACGUCAAGUUACUGCUGGAGCGGUGUUGGAUCUGGACGGAGAUCGUCCUGGAACGACAAGGAAAGGUUGACGAGCGCUUCGAGGAGCAGUACGAACGGCUGAUUGACAUCCGCAACCAACUGGACCGGCUCGCGGUGACGCAGGCCUGGUCGCUCCGCGAGACGGAUCUGUUUGGGUACCAGCGGAAACUCGACCGGAUCGACGAGGGCCGCGUGAACGGCAACUUCGUGGACACGGAGGGUAACCCCGCGGAUAUCCAUGCGCAGCGGACAUUACUGUAUCUGAUCCGGCGAAGCUACGGGUACAUCUACUCGCUGUUGAUUUCGUCGGAGCCAGUGUCGGAGGCGCUGUUACCGGUGUUCAACCAGCUCCAAACGCUGCGGAAAUGCCUCCUAGAGGUGCAGGAGUCGGGUGGCGUAUCCAAUUCGCGAGAACUAUACCCGUACAGCAUGAAACUCAACUCGAUCGACAACAUGCGCGUGGACGGCAAGUUCUACGUGGGGAGCGACAUCCCCGAAGGCCAGGGCAGCGUCAACGCGCUGCUGGCGGAAUGCUACGACAUUGUCUGGGAGCUGCGAGCGGCAGUGGACGACGAGGACCGCACGGCGGCGGCGGCGGCAUAAACGGGUGGGAUCGAUCUAAUGGGCAUGUACGAGUUCGUGGGAGGACAACUUUGUAUCUGGAGGCGAGAUCUUCGGGGCUGCUUGGAGGGGCGUAUGGCGUUUUCGUAUUGCCUGCUAGUGCUUAUGUAGUAUGGAUGGGCGAUGAUCCUGCUUGCUGCUACUUGGUAAUUUGUGUCCCAGUAAUAAUAAUAAUCAUUAUUGC